CUUUCAGCAAGUAGAUGUUGAGUGAAUUAAUAAUUAAGACAGUUAUUCCGUGUGACAUCAUAGGAAGUGAGGAUACCUUGCUUGCCAUCCGAUGCUAGCUUGCUUUAGUUGUGUGUCUCUGGUGUGUCUGUUGAGGAAGGAAAGAAACCUGAAACGGGAGCCAGUGAGAUGGCUCAGUUGGUCAGAGGGCCUCAGCAGGUCUGCAGACCUGAGUUCACUCAGGGAAGCUCCCUGCUGGCAGAAGAGUGCCUGCUUCCAAAUUACUUUCUGACCUUGACCAUUCUCUGUAGUGUGUACAGUAAUAAAUGCUAUGGUGCUGUAGUACAGCAUACGCUGUUUUAAAUUAUACAAAAGAAGUGUAAAUGUUUAAAUAUCAUCUUAAGUUAUACCUUUUACUGCCUACCAGAAUUCAUUCAGAAGCCUUCCUUGACACCACUGUAUACUAAUAACUGUAACUCACUUCACUUUGUCACUCACUGAGCUAUACUUGUUUUGUGGCUACUGUGUCUCAGGUGUGGUGUGGAGGACUUAACAGUCUUAGGAUGGAAACCCUUCCUUCAGUUACCCUUUUGUGGAGGAAGGGGAUAACAUGAAAUUUUAAACCACAUAGAGGUUAGAUUUCCAAUCACAUUAGCAUGCCCAAUCUAAAAUGAAGUAAAAUGUUUAGAGGCAAUGAAAGUAUCUUUGGAAAUUGGUAGAUCCUUGGAAGAGUGGAAGACGUGGAGAAUGUGACUGAUAAAAGCGGUCAGUUUCCUGACUGGAAGGGAAGCAGAUGGUGCCGAGUGAAAUGCCCUUGUGUUCCUAUGAAGGUCAAGGGGAGUGGCAGAAUACAGAAUAGAUAUGUGCUGACUAACAGGCUCACGUGCACAGUGUGGAGGUCAAGCUGUAUCUUACAAAAUGGGAUUUGGGAGUGACCUGAAGAACUCACAGGAAGCUGUGCUAAAGCUGCAAGACUGGGAACUACGGCUGCUGGAGACAGUGAAGAAAUUCAUGGCUCUGAGAAUAAAAAGCGAUAAAGAAUAUGCAUACACGCUGCAGAACCUCUGUAAUCAAGUUGAUAAAGACAGCACGGUGCAGGUGAAUUACGUCAGCAACGUGUCCAAGUCUUGGCUACUGAUGAUUCAGCAGACAGAGCAACUCAGUAGGAUAAUGAAGACCCAUGCAGAGGACUUGAACUCUGGACCCUUGCACAGGCUCACCAUGAUGAUCAAGGACAAGCAGCAAGUGAAAAAGAGCUAUGUAGGCAUUCAUCAGCAGAUAGAGGCCGAGAUGAUCAAGGUCACAAAGACAGAAUUGGAGAAGUUGAAAUCCAGCUAUCGACAAUUAAUAAAAGAGAUGAAUUCUGCCAAAGAGAAAUAUAAAGAAGCCUUAGCCAAAGGGAAGGAAACAGAAAAGGCCAAGGAGCGCUGUGACAAAGCCACAAUGAAACUUCAUAUGCUGCAUAACCAGUACGUGCUGGCCCUGAAGGGGGCGCAGCUCCACCAGAGCCAGUAUUACGACACCACACUUCCUCUGCUGCUGGACUCCGUGCAAAAGAUGCAAGAAGAAAUGAUAAAAGCACUAAAAGGCAUAUUUGACGAGUAUAGCGAGAUAACCAGCCUUGUCACAGAGGAGAUAGUGAAUGUCCACAAGGAAAUUCAAAUGUCUGUUGACCAGAUAGAUCCUAGCACUGAGUAUAAUGACUUCAUCGACGUCCACAGAACAACAGCUGCUAAGGAGCAAGAAAUCGAAUUUGAUACUUCCUUAUUAGAAGAAAAUGAAAAUCUUCAGGCAAACGAGAUCAUGUGGAAUAACUUAACAGCAGACAGUUUGCAAGUAAUGCUGAAGACUUUAGCAGAAGAGCUCACACAGACCCAGCAGAUGCUUUUACACAAGGAGGCGGCGGUCCUGGAGCUAGAGAAGAGGAUUGAGGAAUCUUCUGAGACCUGCGCAAAGAAGUCUGACAUUGUGCUUCUUCUGGGCCAAAAGCAGGCACUUGAAGAGCUGAAACAGUCAGUCCAGCAAUUGCGAUGCACUGAGGCAAAGUGCGCAGCACAGAAAGAAUUGCUGGAGCAAAAAGUACAGGAAAAUGAUGGGAAAGAGCCACCUCCUGUGGUGAAUUACGAAGAAGAUGCGCGGUCAGUCACAUCUAUGGAAAGAAAGGAGAGGCUAUCCAAAUUUGAGUCUAUUCGUCAUUCAAUUGCUGGAAUAAUUAAGUCUCCAAAGUCGGUCCUCGGCUCUUCAACGCAGCUCUCUGACGUGAUCUCUGUGGGUGAGAAGCCCCUGGCGGAGCAUGACUGGUACCACGGUGCCAUCCCCAGGAUAGAGGCACAAGAACUGCUGAAGCAGCAGGGAGACUUCCUGGUGCGAGAGAGCCAUGGGAAACCUGGUGAAUAUGUCCUUUCUGUAUAUUCUGACGGACAAAGGAGGCACUUUAUCAUACAGUUUGUUGAUAAUCUAUAUCGAUUUGAGGGCACCGGCUUUUCAAAUAUCCCUCAACUUAUAGAUCACCACUUCAAUACAAAGCAAGUCAUCACCAAGAAGUCGGGGGUGGUUCUGCUGAAUCCUAUUCCAAAGGAUAAGAAAUGGGUUCUCAAUCAUGAAGAUGUUUCAUUGGGAGAAUUACUGGGCAAGGGGAAUUUUGGUGAGGUGUACAAGGGCACACUGAAGGAUAAAACCCCUGUUGCUGUUAAAACGUGCAAGGAAGACCUGCCUCAGGAACUAAAAAUAAAGUUUUUACAGGAAGCCAAAAUUCUCAAGCAAUAUGAUCACCCCAAUAUUGUCAAACUUAUAGGCGUGUGCACACAAAGACAGCCUGUCUACAUCAUUAUGGAACUGGUCCCAGGAGGUGAUUUUCUGUCCUUUCUGAGGAAGAGGAAGGACGAGCUAAAGUUGAAGCAGUUGGUGAGGUUUUCCUUGGACGUUGCUGCUGGCAUGCUGUAUCUCGAGGGCAAGAACUGCAUUCACAGGGACCUGGCUGCACGGAACUGCCUGGUAGGUGAAAAUAAUACUCUGAAAAUCAGUGACUUUGGGAUGUCUCGGCAAGAAGACGGUGGAGUGUAUUCAUCUUCUGGCUUAAAGCAGAUUCCCAUUAAGUGGACAGCACCAGAAGCACUGAAUUAUGGGAGAUACAGCUCUGAAAGUGACGUGUGGAGCUUCGGCAUCCUGCUCUGGGAGACUUUCAGCCUGGGAGUCUGUCCGUACCCUGGGAUGACAAACCAGCAAGCACGGGAACAAGUGGAGAGAGGGUAUCGGAUGUCAGCCCCACAGAACUGUCCCGAGGAAAUUUUUACAAUCAUGAUGAAGUGCUGGGAUUACAAGCCUGAAAACCGCCCUAAGUUCAGUGACCUUCACAAAGAGCUCACGGCCAUCAAGAAGAAAAUCACAUAGUGCCACCCAGGGCUAGACUCCACCUGCGGGACUCUGUCCUCAGUCACCCUGACUUUAUACCACCUUACUGCAACCAUCUUUGAAGGUUAUGUUUUUUAUUAACUGGGUUUUUAAAGUAUGUUCCACUUUAAAUAUGUUAAAGGCAAAUUUAUUCAAGAAAUAAAUAGUCCUACCCAGGGCCGUAUUAGCUAACCACAACAACCCUGCCAUUUGAUGCCCCUGUACAGAGAAGAGCAAGGCCUCCCAGGAAGGUAAAAGAUAUCUUUAAUACCGAAGAACAUUGGUGUUCUGCCAAAGUUUUCUACUCCGGGCACAGCCUCUGGGCUGCUGUCUUCUGCCGUCGGCCCUCCUCAGUUGGUGCUAUAAACAGCCUUGGUAGCCCAUGUUUUGCACAACACGUGCCCACCACAGUUGGCUUUCCACUCUGCCAAGGCAAGAUUCUAUCUAUAAAUAGAAUCAUAUGUUGGGAAUCGCUUGGACCUCCUCGGGCUUCUCUCUUCUUUCCUGUGAGAACAUCACACAACCAUGUCGUUUGCCUUUCGCUUCCCUCAGCCAGGCCACAGAAAAUGGUGUGUGGAAAAUUCCCAGAGAGCCCAGGGGACAGAGGUAGUUGCUUCUGCGGAACAGUGCAGAGGACAGGGGUGACAAGGAGCAUGUGUGACCAGGAGGGCAGGUUGGGAAAAGAGCAGGUAGCCAGUGCUCACCAGGGAGAAGAAAGCAAGAGCGCCCCCUUCCUCCCAGCUUUCCACCUUCACAGAACCCGUGUCUGGGUCUCGAUUCACUAACAAGGUCUAAGAAAGUUUUCAGGAUUCAUUGAGCCCAUGCAAACUGUCUUAAAGACACUGAAGCCCACAGAAGAACAGCAUGAUUCUGGUUGUGUAUCUUCAUCCUAGGAGACAAUCCCAGAAUGGGAUUCCCUUCACUUGUACCAGUUUCUGGGUCUUCAGAAUCCCUGAUUCACAUUUACAAACACAUCCACCCAUAUCUACUGAAGUGCAGGGCGGCUAUGAAUGAAAUAGAUGGGCCAGGCGCCAAGUCAGUGUUAAUGAAGAAAAUCUAUAGGGAUGCCCACAUCUCCAUUUCCUCUUCCCCCUAAAGCCACUCGCUGGAAAUGUUACUGAGAACGCAGCGGUAUGCAAGCAGCCAUUAAGGUGAAGGCAGGUAAGAGCAGGGUGUGGCUGAGCUGCCUCUUAGCUGCCUCGGGGAACUUCCCAUGGUCUGCGCAGUUGUCUCAGAACCAGUGUGGCCCAGAGAUGGUCUCCUCCCUUCCUGGCCGUGUAGAGCGUGGAUCAGACUUUGAAGGAGGCAGCUGAAGAGAGAAGGACUCUGUUCUAUUAUUUCAACCUCCUUGCUAAUUUUAUACACAUUUAAUGGUUCCUACAUGCAGGCUGAAAUAAAGGCACACUGAGCCUGCCCGCAGCAGUACACUGCAGCACACAAAGCAGCUCCCUCCUCCGCGGGCACAGCCCUCCCACGGGUCCGACCCUGUAAAUAAGCAGAGGCCCUGAUGGCACACGGCACGGCACCCCAAGUGCAAACUCAGGCAUUCAUGUUGAAGUGUCCUGCUCUCCAGGCAUCCGCCGGCCCUCAGAAAGAGAUAAGACAUUGCCUCUCGGGAGCCAACUGAAUCUGUCUAUAAUACACUCUGUCUAUGAAAGGGGAAGAAACAGCCUCUCACUGCUUAGCAGUGGAUGCCCAGCAAGGGGCAGGAGGCCGGCUUGGCUCUGACUCUGUGAACAGGACGAGAAAGGUAAUCCCUGCAUUCUGGGUACAGAGAACAUGGCUGGCGCUGACACUCACUCAUCCAGGCUCUCAGAAUUUGCAAUUCACAUCAUAACUCUUGGCUUAAGUUAAAAAGGCUUUUCAAAACAUCAUGACAUCUGCAACAUUUAAAUUCUAUUUUAUUCUUUGUCCCAGUGCAGGCAGAGGUAUAGUUUAAGAUUAACUCAUCGGGAGCCUUUCAGGAUCAUGUCAGUCAUACAGAAUAUUAAAUUUAACAUAGGCACGUGCAUUAAGAAAAGCUUAUGCAAAACAUUCUUACUGUUAAUUUUGUUACGCUUAAAGCAUAAUUUAUUCAUCCCUUCUGUCACUGAUAAUUAUUGGAAUUAUGUACUUUAGGAGGCUAAUCCAUACCCAAAAAGUGCACAUAUAAAUACAGUUCUGAUUUGCAAGUUGAUUUAGGGAAGAGAGACUGCAGAAAUGCACAAAAGUCUAUGAUGCCUUUACUUAAAAAAAUAAUAAUCAUAACCAGUGGCACCCCAGUAACACAGGUGUGGACGCCCCGAAGCCUGGCCACAGAUCUUUAUUUUACUAACAGAUUAGCCAAGAGCGUUGGGGGCCUGCACUGAGCAGCGAGCGCUCCUUCAGGUCAGCAGUCUGGGCACGCAGGAGAAGGCUGGUGAGCAUGAGCGUCUGACUCCCAAUGCAGCGCCUACCUUGAGUCACCAGGAAACCUCCCUGAGAAAUGGGAGGUCUGUUUGUUGGAGACAGCAAACUUUUCUCCCACAGCCACAUUCGAUGUGGAUUUUGUGUGACCUAAGCUUUCUUCUCAAAGCCGUUUUCUUAGGAAAACGAUAAAGAAUUACUAGGCCUGUUUUCAGCCCAUCCUGAUAUCAGGUCCACAGGGGAAAGUCCCAAGUGAUUCUUUUUCUUUUUUCCAAGACUUAACAGGGACAGUAGAGUCAGUUCCCUUUUCAUAUCUGGCCACCUUCUCACGGAUAUCCCUUGUACAGCCUGGAGUCAUUCAGUGCGUGCUCACGGAGAAAACAGAACUUCCUACGACUAAGAUUAUGUUUGUUUCCUAAAACAACCAAGUUUCCUUCUGUGUUGGCCUCUGUUGCCAUCAGCUGGCUCCUCUGACAUCACCACAGCACUGUGGUGAGACGGCUGUCACACAAGCAUUUCAGUGGCAUUACGUGCCACACACCGGAUUUGGGCAGGGAGCAAGCAGGCACAGCAGGACAGAUCUGUGCUGUGUGGCGUGACCCUCACAUGCUCUCCAAGUGUUCAGAACAUCAUUGUAAUGUGCCGGGUCUGCAGCAUCCUGUAGUCAGCCAUGUGUCCUUGAAGCAGAGUGACAUCUAAGGGGCUGUCCGCCUGAGUCCUCUUCCUUUCACACCAUUGGCAUGAUCCCUGCCUCUUGUCAGUAGAUGUGAUUGUCACGGGUGAUCUCCUUGGAGAUCGGAGCCCUCAUACAAAACAGCACCACUGCAGCUGAGGAAGGCGGAGAGAAAGCUCACGUGUGUGUCAACAUCUUCAGAAGGUGGAAUCCAAGGUUUAAUAUGAAAAAUGACUGUUAGAGUGGCAUGAGAGUUUACUAUGAAAAUAAAGCAUUUCCUCUUGUUAACAGAUUUACUAUACCAUUAGAAGGUUUUACUAGAUUUUUACUUUACAUUUUUCUGGGCUUAUUAAUUUCAUGUCAAAAAUGAAUACUUUUUUGAGAACCCAAAAUGUCAUUUCUGUAUAAGAAAAGACCCUGAUUUAAAAGCCAGCAAGAUCACCCUGCUAGGAGUUACUGAGACAGAUUUAAGCUCCCAUAAUAUGCCCCUUUGAACAUCGUGUUCUAAUACAGGUGGUUAAUCAACUCUAUAUCCUCACCCUGAGUCAGUAUGAGAAAUGCCCCCCCCUCACCCCAGAAACUGUCCCUCUGCCUUCCACUAAUGCAAAGAUGGCAUUCAGGAAUGGCAUUGCUGUCACUCUGCUAACGUGACAGAUUUCUGGGAAUAACCCUGCUGUGAAAUAACUCAUUACAGUGGCCAGGACUAGUGAGCUGGGGCGCAGAGAUCUGUCACUGAAUUCCAGGUGGCCUGCAGAGAGCCAAAACAAGAAAGAACCAGCUCCCUAAAGCAUGUAGACAAAGUGGACGGAGACUGUCAUUGUCAUCAGGAGCCCUGAGGAAACCUCCAGGAGGCCAGACCCUUCCCCUGCAAAACCAGAAAGAGCAUUCGUCCCAAAGAAACCACCUCAAUGCCAGGGCCUCUCCCUGAAGCAGGAGCCACUUGGCACUCCACCCAGGGCUGACACCAUGUGAGGUACCGGUCCCCUCACUGUCUUCUACCCAGUGAACACGUGGUCCCAUGCGCUCAGUCUAGGAGAGUAGCCAAAGCUUCUAGGUCUUGAGCUCAUUCCUUAGGUGAAGGCCACAAUGCUUCCCAUCUCAUUAGGACACUUUUAUGCAGUAGAACAGGCCAGGGCUGACGUGUCCUAAAUGAGAACAUGCUUGGGCUACCCUUGGCUAAAUGGUUCCUACUGAGGGCCCUGCUGAGGGACCCUCCUGAGCAGCACUGGGCGCUGAUGAGUUUGACUUUACCUAAGAAACAUUCUGAGGUAGAGCACAGGACAGCAGGGUGAGGGAGUGUGUAUCCCACAAAGGGGUCCCAGGAAGGCAGCACUGAGAACACCAAUGAGACCCGGGGAAAAGCCCAAAAGCCCAGCCCAAAAGCCCAGUGAGCCAGCCUCGGGCUGUGGGAGGCCUGCUACUGCCCAAGACAACACACCUCAAACCUCCAAGCAGUUGUUUGAAGGGAUUGAGUUGACUGAUGGGCGUGUGGUCCCUGCUGUCUCGGGAAUGGCAAGAGUGCAGAGGGCGGGAAGCAAGCCUUUCAUAAGCAUGGGUAAACUGAGUAACAGCCUUCCUGUGUGUGAGCCGCCAGUGCUACAGGGAGAGGCUGGGAAUGUUUCUGAGUUUUACUCUAUUAAUGAAAAACUAACCGGCAGGUUUGGCUUCCUUACUAGCCUUGUAAGAAUCCUCAAACAAGAAUAUUGAAGUCUCUUCUUGAAUUUCAGAACUGUGCACCCAAACCAGUAAGAUGCAACUGGAGUGCUCUGUAGCAGUUACAGACCUGCCACAGAGCAUGUCCCCUCGUAUCUGCCAUGUCUGGCCCAGGAGUGCUCAGGGGCACUAUUCUCUGAUCUUGUUUUUGCCUUCUUGUUACUUUGUUGCUUUGCCAUAACAGAAAGGCCUUCACCGUUGGCUUAUAAACACAAGAGUAUCUUCUCAGGGGUUCGCACCCUACAGGGAAUAUGCAGACCCAAGAAGCCAGAGCAUACAGCCUGUGAGCCGAGCUGUAUGCCCAGGUGCCACGUAUGCUGAAUGAGUAUCUUUACCAGCAAGGCAUUCGGACAUUUAGGGACAGAAAGACUACUGCCCGUGGGCAUGUCCAUGUUGAAGAUGUCCCUAUUCUCUUGGGCUAGUAAGCUGACCUCUGCCUAAAGAAAUGCUGGAAUAAUCUACUGUAAAGCCCUGGGCAUCCCAUCUUCCCACAUCAGUCUACAAUAACCCACUUUGUAUUCUCUGUACCCUUCUUAAGAGCAGUAUCUAAGUUAUUCAAUUUAUGUCAUGUUAAAUGAUUUUCCAAAGCCUCAUGAGAGAGGGCACUGUGAGGACCUGAAUUCAAAGCCAGUCUACCUAAAUAAAUACCCCCAGGACACUGUGAAAGCAUCAACACUCCAUGGUGGUUUCCCAAUAGCCUCCUUCCUGGAAAACCAAACAUCACUCCCUUUCUUAUUUGUUGGGAAUUUCUAUAGCAUCAGAGUAAGUGAGAAUGCUACGAGGAGAUCCAAGGCAGGUCCAGUAGUAACCUGCAGGGCACAUCCAAACCCUGCCUCCUCUUCUCUUCAUGUAGCACUGAGUGCCUGACAAUCAUUACAGGUGAGCCUGUCUUCCCGGAGGCCCAGGUCUCUAAGUGGCCUAUGUUGGAACCUUCAGGGCUAAGAGAAGCAGACAGACGGAUGUGGAUGGAUCCCUGUGUAAGGAAACCAUCUUUUUCAACUCACCAUCUCAUGCUUUUUCUUUUUUUAACCAAAACCACCUUACUUAAGAAUCUUCCUCUUACAAAGAAUUUGGUGGGGAAAACUGCCAACUCAUAAGAAAUGCCAGACUAGUGUGUGCACCCAGUGAGGCUGGAAACAAACUUGCUCCCCACCCGAGGAUGGCUGCACUUUAAUUGGGUGUGGGGUGCUGUGGGUCCCCCUUCCAUGCUAGUUAUAGCUGCCCUCCUGGAGCAGCAAUCAGAAGACCAAUCCUACGAAGGCACAGUCCCAUCACCCCUUAGGUCCCAGGCCUUCCACAUCCACAGGGCACAGUACGUGAGCACACCCAGCGGAGGCAGGUUUAUUCAGUGUCAGUGAAACUGACUCCCAGCUUCAGCAGGUUACUGCAGCUUCUUGAACAAUCAAGGUGAUCUGAUCAGAUCUAACAUAAGAAGCUCAUCUGCUUCCAAUUCAUGACCAAAGUGGCCAGAGACUGAAAAUACCCUUCCGUCUGCUGGAAUUUCCCCUCACUAACAUGUCUGUUGUCCUGUGAUAGUUCUCCAUGUGGACAAAGUUCUUUCGAGACCGUUCUGUUACAUCCUCCUUAAACCACCCAGACUGCCUGUUGAAUCAGCUUCUGUAGUUAAACACCUAAAGACUAUGUUUAAAUGCCUGUAGGUUUUAUGUUUGGUUUGGUUUUGUAUAUAAAUGAUUGUGCGGCUGGGGACCAGGGAUGAACGAUGGUACACAUUCCGUUGUCUUUGCAUUACGGUUUGUGUGUAAGCUUUUUGUUUGGUCUGAGUGCUUUUGGUGAGUCCUCUAAAAUGCUAAAACUCCCCGAAAGCACAACCAUGCGGCCACACAAGUUAAGGUCCCUGGAAGUAGAGGGAAAUACAGGUGAGCGCUCAGAGUCCCACAGGCUACUCCGACGUCCUCAGGAGUCAGGCCCACUGAGACAGAAACAACUGUCAACUGGUGCCCAGGCUGCCCGCCCACCAUUCUCUGAGCGCAGGCCCACAGAGAGCGGGUACAGAAAUGAUUUUCUGAGUCAUUUCUCUGCUUGUCACUAGGAGGUGAGAUCAGUGGUGAGAGGAAGGGCCACCCUCAGUCACCAGUGGGCUAGGUGUGCCGUCUGUAAUUAGCACUUUGAGCCAAGCACCCCGGUGGCUCUCGGAGUUCCUCCAAUGCCAAUGGACGGUCAUUUUAAUGUCACAUGAAAGCACCUUUAAUCUUUUGUUGUUAUUAUUUUAAAAGAAUAUAUUUGUGAAGUGGAUAAAAGAAACACUGGAAAUAGGGUGCUUCUGAAAAUGUCAAGCAUAAAACAUGGGAACAAGGUCCGUGGUGGUUUCUCCGGCUUUGUCAACAACCCUAACAGUGGAGGAAGUGGCUGGUGGUCUGCCUCGGCCGACUGUCUCAGAUCUGUAUUUAACACGUAUUUAUUUGUUAAAUUCUACAUUCAGAAGAAAUACACUUUGAAUUUUGGCUAAUGUUAUAGAACAUACUGAAAAUUGACUUCUAUGUUUUUUUUUAGCACGGGUCCACCGUUUUUGUAAAAUAAGGCCAUUUUUGGACAGCCUUCUUCUAGGAGACCAAUUACCAUCCAUUGGUCUGCAGAGCCUCUUUUUAUUAUGUCCUUGUAAUAAUGUAAAAUAUUGACAGCAAA